GAGAGGUGGACUGAGAGCAAACGGCUGGAGUGAAGCGAGGGAGAGCGGCAACGUUCGUGGCCUCUGUUCCCUUGUCCUCGAUGCCAGCAGAAUUAAAAAAAAAAAAAAAAACCCUGACCGAUAACAAGGACACCGAAGGCUUGGAUAGCGUCCUGUGUCCACGCCAGCCUCUGCUGAACUGCCAGUGGUUUAAUUCUUAAAAUGGAGAGAUGUGACCCAGAUAUCAGGAUGAUGCAUGUGAUCUAAGUGUCAGCCCAUUCAACCCGAAACCUUCAGAUUUGGCGACCCAGUCAGCAGAAACUGCGAGAGUACUUUUCCAAAUUCCUUUCAAAGACUUGGUUUGUCUUAACUACCCAUUUCUACUCGCCCAGUGAUAUAAAUGAGUGACCCAGCAAGAGAGGUCAGGGCUGGGGAGCACACCAGAACCUGCACAGAAUGUCCUGGUUCAACGGCUUCCUAGUGGCCAGAGUGGACGACCGCAAGACCGCGUGGGGUGAGCGCAAUGGCAAGAAGUCCAAGCGCAAGGGCGGCUCCUCGCUGUGCAGCCCGCGCUACAUGAGCUGUCUGCGGGACCCCGAGGUCAUGGAGCCCCCUCCACAACCGGGGCCGCUGCAGCCCCACUGGGCCGGCGCCGGGAGCGGAGGAGCAGGGGGAGGCGGCAACUUCAGCAUGCGUUGCGGCUGGCAGGAGGAUCACUACGGCAAGCGGGGCGGUGCCAGCGAGAGCGUGGGCCUCAAAUCGGUGGACCUGGGCUUCGAGGAUGGCGACGCCAAGGGCCCGAAGGGCCACGGCCCUGGCGGAGGCGACGACGGCGGCCCGGUGACGGCGGCCGAAUGCUGGCGGCGCGUGGUGCGCGUUUUCCAGUCCAAGAAGUUCCGGUCGCGCAAGCUGGAGCGCCUCUACCAGCGCUACUUCUUCCGCCUCAACCAGAGCUCGCUCACCGUGCUCAUGGGCAUGCUGUUGCUCGUGUGCGGCGUCAUGCUGGCCUUCCACUGCGUGCACGCGCAGCCCGACGUGGCCUACGCCUCUGUGCUCUCUGUUGCCAUGGCGCUCUUCUUGGCCCUCAUGGUGGUGUGCAACCGUAACGGCUUCCACCAGGACUACAUGUGGAUGGUGAGCUACCUGGUCAUCAGCGUUCUGCUGGUGGUACAGGGCUUCGGCGUGAUGAUGGUGGCCCCGCGCAGUGCCUCCGAGGGCAUAUGGUGGAGUGUCUUCUUCAUUUACAUCAUCUACACGCUGCUGCCGGUGCGCAUGCGCGCCGCCGUGCUCAGUGGGGGCGCGCUGUCCUCCAUACACCUCCUCACCACGUGGAGGAUCAACCAGGAAGAUGCCUUCCUCUGGAAGCAGCUGAGCGCGAACGUGCUGAUCUUCCUGUGCACCAACAUUAUUGGGAUCUGCACGCAUUACCCGGCGGAGGUCUCCCAGAGGCAGGCCUUCCAAGAGACGCGCGGCUACAUCCAGGCCAGGCUGCACCUGCAGAGGGAGAACCAGCAGCAGGAACGCCUGUUGCUGUCCGUGUUGCCAAGGCACGUCGCCAUGGAGAUGAAGGCUGACAUCAGUGCAAAGAAAGAAGACAUGAUGUUCCAUAAGAUCUACAUCCAGAAGCAUGACAACGUCAGUAUUUUGUUUGCAGACAUUGAAGGCUUCACCAGCCUGGCGUCCCAGUGCACAGCUCAGGAGCUGGUGAUGACUCUGAAUGAACUGUUUGCCCGUUUUGAUAAGCUAGCCUCGGAGAAUCACUGCUUGCGGAUUAAGAUCCUGGGGGACUGCUACUACUGUGUGUCUGGCUUGCCAGAGCCCAGAGCUGACCACGCCCACUGCUGUGUGGAAAUGGGAGUGGACAUGAUCGAGGCCAUCUCGCUCGUGCGAGAGGUCACGGGGGUGAACGUUAACAUGCGCGUGGGCAUCCACAGCGGCCGCGUGCACUGCGGCGUUCUGGGGCUGCGCAAGUGGCAGUUCGACGUGUGGUCCAACGACGUCACGCUGGCGAACCACAUGGAGGCGGGUGGCAAAGCAGGGAGGAUCCACAUUACCAAAGCGACCCUCCAGUACCUAAACGGGGACUACGAGGUAGAGCCAGGCUAUGGCGGCGAACGUAACGCCUACCUGAAGGAGAACAGCAUCGAGACCUUCCUGGUUUUGGGCUGCAGUCAGAAACGGAAGGAGGAAAAGGCCAUGAUGGCUAAGAUGCAGCGGGCACGGACGAAUUCGAACGAGGCCCUGAUGCCCCGCUGGGUGCCCGACCGCUCCUUCUCCCGGACCAAGGACUCCAAAGUCUUCCGACAGAUGGGUAUUGAUGAGACAUCCAGCAAGGACACCCGCGGUGCCCAGGAAGCCUUGAACCCAGAGGAUGAGGUGGACGAGUUUUUGGGCCGGGCCAUCGACGCGCGGAGCAUCGACCAGCUCCGCAAAGACCACGUGAAGAAGUUCCUCCUCACCUUCCAGACGUCCAGCUUGGAGAAAAAGUAUGCCAAGAAGGUGGACGAUCGUUUCGGAGGUUACGUGGCCUGCACGCUGCUUGUCUUUUGCUUUAUCUCCUUCAUUCAGAUCGUCAUCUUCCCUCACACCCCUGUCAUGUUGGGGAUUUCCUUCAGUAUCUUCAUCAUCCUUGCCAACAUCCUCUUCAUCUGCGCCAUUUACUCCUGCGUGAAGCUCUUCCCUGCAGCCAUGCAAACUGUGUCCAAGAAGAUUGUUCAGUCUCGCAUCAACAGCACCCUGGUGGGCGUCUUUAGCAUCGUGCUCGUCUUCAUCUCAGCCUUCGUCAAUAUGUUUGCCUGUGACACAGAGAGGCUCGUGGACUGUAUAGCUAGACAGUUGAACAGCUCGUCAGACAGAGUGACUCCCUGUGUAAUCUACAACUUCUCUCGCUUUGCUGUGGAUGGCCUGACCAUCUGCCCCGGAAACACACCCUCCUGCCCCUUCCCUGAAUAUUUCAGCUACAGUGUGCUGCUGACCCUGCUGGCCUGCUCCGUGUUCCUGCAGAUCAGCAGUAUAGGCAAGCUGGCGCUCAUGCUGCUCAUCCAACUCACCUACCUGCUGCUCGUGGAGUGGCCAGAGGUGGCGCUGUUCGACAACGCUGACCUCUUUGUCACCUCCAAUGAAAUACCUUUCAAUGAAACAGAAUGGUUUAAGAUCAAUGAAACCACCAGCCAGUGUCCUUACAGUGUGACCAAAGUGUCCCUAAAGGUCAUGACCCCUGUGAUCCUCACCGUGUUCGUGCUGGCGCUAUACCUCCACGCGCAGCAGGUGGAGUCCACCGCCCGCCUUGACUUCCUCUGGAAGCUCCAGGCCACAGAGGAGAAAGAAGAGAUGGAAGAGCUCCAGGCCUACAACCGCCGCCUCCUGCACAACAUCCUCCCCAAGGACGUGGCAGCCCACUUCCUGGCGCGCGAGCGGCGCAACGACGAGCUCUACUACCAGUCGUGCGAGUGCGUGGCCGUCAUGUUCGCCUCCAUCAGCAACUUCUCCGAGUUCUACGUGGAGCUGGAGGCCAACAACGAGGGCGUGGAGUGCCUGCGGCUCCUCAACGAGAUCAUCGCCGACUUCGACGAGAUCAUUAGUGAGGAGAAGUACAAACAACUGGAGAAGAUUAAGACCAUAGGCAGCACCUAUAUGGCAGCCUCUGGGCUCAACGACUCCACCUACGACAGAGAAGGCCGCACCCACAUCAUGGCCCUGGCCGACUACGCCAUGCGUCUCCGUGAGCAGAUGAAGUACAUCAAUGAGCACUCCUUCAACAACUUCCAGAUGAAGAUCGGACUGAACAUUGGGCCUGUGGUUGCUGGAGUCAUUGGCGCGAGGAAGCCCCAGUACGACAUCUGGGGGAACACUGUCAACGUGGCCAGCCGCAUGGACAGCACAGGGGUCCCUGAUCGCAUUCAGGUGACCACAGACCUGCAUCAGGUGCUGUCCGGUAAAGGCUACCAGCUGGAGUGUCGCGGCAUCAUUAAGGUUAAAGGCAAAGGAGAAAUGACCACGUACUUCCUGAACGACGGCCCUCCCAACAGUUAGCAGCAUGCUAGCGUCCCUCCAAGUCCCACAGCUCUCCGGCCGGAUCGUCGGUCAAGACCACACGAGGCAAUCCGAAGUCAAACAAGUAGCCAUGUCAUCACUUGAAGGGGGAAAAAAAAACAUCUGUAAAAAACAAACAAAAAAAAUUAAAUUGGAAUGAACGGAAGGCAAAAAUAAAGUCAGACUCCUGGGAGAGAAGUUGUCAUGCAACAGUGUCGCGCUUGGCUGUGCGCUCUGAAGGAUGGAUAUUUCCAUCUUUAAGCUUCUUUCUCAGGCUACUUGAAAGAUGCAAAGUCGGUUUAUUUAACAAAGGCCUUUUGUUGCUGAAGAAAAACUCUGUACAUAAGGCAUUUUCUCCAAUUUUAUUUUUUGUCCUGUGUUAUUUCAUUUCAGAACAUAAAUACAGGUACUUUUGUUUCUGAUUUAGUUAUUUCUUUCUAUUUCGAUGUUAUGUGCAAAAGGUCCUUUAUUCACACACAUCUAUACCGUGCAUAAGCUGUACGUCUGUAUACUUGUGUGUGUGUAUUACAGUAUGUGUAUAAAUACUGAAGAGAAAUAUCGACCAAAGACCAAAGUAUUUCAUAGAAAUAGUUGUCAAGAUGACACAGUUUGAAUAUUGUCUUAUGCUCUUAAGGCCACGCCCCUUUGUUUUGUUGCACUUGUGUUCUAGAAAAUUUCCAGGAUGAUCUAAAUGAAACAAAAAAAGUGUGAAAAGCCGUUUGCCAACUAACGCAGCAGGCCGGUCGAUCUUUCCACUGGUGAUGUCGGUAAUUCUGCCUUCUGUCGAGGUGAAGGAUCGAGUGGAAUCGAGCUAAAGGCCUCAUUUUUUAAAGACUGACUUUAUUUGAAGUACACGUCACUACAGUAGAGGAGAAGAAAGGGUCUGUGGUCUCUGCCAAGUCUCUGUGGCACUCUCUGUGGAAUAUCAACAGACCUGGACCUUUGGCAUGUCCCCAGAGAUUCUGCAGGUUUGCUUCUUUCAUCCUGUCAGCCGUCUCUUCUUUUUCAAAUAAGUAUUUUUUGGUACAAAACAUAAAAAGAAAAAAGGUCUCUUUGUUUUUUGUUGGUUUGGUUUUUUUUAAAUGUUUGUUUGUUUGUUUGUUUCAGUUUUUGUUUGUUUUUUUGGAGGCACUGGGGAAAGCCACGGCAUUGGAUACCAUGGUACCAGACAGUUUACUGAGUUCCAGUUCAUAACAAGACACUUUUUUUUUUAGAGAGAGAAGUAUAUCUAUAAAUUAUGACUGAAUACUGUGCUUUGUAAUCUCAAAGGGGCAUAACUCUUUUCACUGUGAGGUUUCUAUGAUAUGACAAACUGCUUUCUUGCCAAACGUAACUGCUCAAAAGCAUGUCUGAUUGUGGUAUCUUCUCGACAACAUUUUGUUUCUCUGCUGUUUUAAUGUUGAGUAUUUUGUAUCACCUCUGUAUUCAUUUUUAUUCUUCUUAUUAUGGUUGUUAUUGAUAUGCGUUUGAUUAUGAACUCAUUCUAACUUGAGGAGAAGGAACAGACAUGAACAAACUCUUGGGAUGUUUGGGAGUAUAGGUACAACAUCAGUCAUGUAGGGUCAGCUCAACUGCUGCCGUGCCCGUUCAGUCCACGAAUGCCCUACAAAAAGAGUCCCACGUUAUAGCAGGGAUGAAGGCACACAGGAGAGACGUGCAUGUUUGUUCCUUGAGUGCCCUGGCUGUGUACGAUAGAGGGCUGCAGUUCAGGCCACAUGCCUUCCCAGGCUCCGCCCCUCGACUGACGUAAGAGAAACCCCGCCGCAGCAUGUGUGCAGUCAGCAGUAAUCAUUUGCCUUAACUGAACAAAGUGUAUAUUAACGGUGCCUCUCUGUCUCAUGUGGUCCACAUUACCAAACACCCGAGGCUCUUGAACGGCCCUCUAGCUUUGUUACUGAAUAUGCCAUAUUCAUUGUUCAAACCUCCUAUUUCAGAGUAUUAGCUUGCAUGAUAACAGGCCAAGCCGUGUCUUUCUCCUGCUAAGUAUUUGUUACUUGCUUAAAAUUGCCAUGGUAGUAGCACUGGCCAUUGCGUAUGUCAGGUGAUCACAUUUGUACCAAAAGAAGGUUUUGUUUUUUUGUUUUUUAAUUUAGUCCCUCUGGUUUAUGUACUGAAAGAGUCGGGGAUGCAGGAUCAACACAAGGGCUCAAGGAGAGAGAAGGGAGCACAGUGUUUGAUCUGUGGCGGGUAGGUAAAAUGUAUUUUAAAGAGGUAUUUUAGUACUACUGACUCACAUCAGGGCCUCUGUGCCUGGAUCAGGUAUGAAUGACUCCUGGUCAUCUCCUCUUGUUUAUUUUUGCUUUUUUUUUUGUGUUUGUUUUUAUCUGCGUUUAGUCGAAGGUAUGGAGAAAGGAUUAGCUUUUCAACUUGCAGUGGAAAAACUGAUGAUUAUAGAAAUAACUUUUCCCCUCUUACACAAUAAAGAAUAAUGUCUGUUUUGAUUGUU